CACAGACACUCACUCACACUCACACGCACGUAGUUAUGACUGAGGGUAGGAAACGAGCGAGUAGUGCAGUCCCCUAGCACCGCAAGCUCGGAUACUGGAGAGUUGUGUCCACAUGUCGCUGAUUGCUCAUGUUAUGUAGGUAUGUCAGUAUGCACAAUCCCAUCAGCUCAGUCCCUCCAAUACUGGCAGAUAACUGCAAGAACAUUCAUACCACUUCCCCGCCCUUCAAGGUACAGUGUACUUUUUACCACCUGAGUAACCCUGGGAACAUGUACUCCAGGAUGAGGACAGUACGAUGGAUUCUCGUCUUGGCUACCGCUUUCUGUGUGUUAUUGACAGUCCAUAUAUACAGAGAAAAGCCACAAUGCACCAGAACUGUGUCCACACCACAAGGUAUGGACAGCACCUACAGACGUCUGGUGGACCUGGACACGGUGCAUGUCGCCAUCUUUGCUGAUGAGAAGUUGUUUCCUGGCGUUGUCACACUGACCAACAGCAUCGUCUCCAACACUGCCUCGCCCGUCACCUUUCACUUUGUCACCUUUCCGUCAAACGCUACACGCCUCAGGUUGUGGAUCACCGGAAGCAAGCUCAGAAACAUUACUUUUGAAAUCGUCGAGCUUCCCAUCAACGCUCUGGAGGGUAAAUACCGCUCUCGCAGCCCUCGCAAGGAGCUGAGCAGUCCUCUUAAUUUUGCUCGGUUUUACCUGCAAAGUCUUUUUCCCACUGUCGGAAAAAUCAUCUACAUCGACUCCGACUGCCUGGUGCUAGGGAAUAUCAAAGAACUGUACAACAUCCAACUGAGCAGUGACCAUCCGGUGUCUCUUUUGCGUAUAUGCGACUUAAGAAGAGAUAAGUUUUCGGAUAUCAAGAAUCUGCUCAACUUCAGCAACCCUGAUGUCAUCAAAGCCUCCAUUUCCUCAGACGCUGCAUCCUCAACAAUGGGUCUUUGUCGCUGAUCUCAUUGCUUGGGAUCAACUGAACAUCUCUCAACAGCUGGAGUACUGGAUGACCUCAACACCAGGUACAGCAUCCAGUGCUUGUAGUCGCCAUGCUGUCGAGCCCACACCUACCUGUUCUUUAUGCUUUUAUGUUUUACGUUCGGAGUUAAGCUUUUCACCGACAGACUGAUACUUUGAUUAGGUUUUGAUUAACCUUGAGGUUAAAGAAAAAUAUUAGAAAUAAAAUUAUUGUAGAAGUUGUGAGCUGUACUGUUCGUCCGCUUGCAGCCAGCGUUUCUUCGUCUUGUGAUAUUUCGAUUAGAUCAUAUUCCUUCGUUGACAUAAGUUGACGAAGAAGUGAGCACUUAAAGAAUUGUGUUACGGUGCAUCAAAUAGCCGAUGUUCUCUGAUGUUAAAACAGAUCAGCCAUCUUCCGCGCAGGCGAUGUAGGGAGUGGUUCACAGGCUCCCAUGAACAUGGUCUUCCAUAACAGAAACACCCCUCUUCCCCCUGAGUGGAACA